AUGACGCGAAUCUACGUCAACAACUUUAAAGACAAUGGACGACAGGAUGUACUCGAUCAACUGCUCGGCAUCCACGCGACCAAAUCAAUUAGCGAGGGUGGCGCAGACGACCGUAUUCGUAAGCAGGUUGCAGACCGCAAACAAGAGUACUCGCAAAAGGAAUACAAGAAUGUGUUUAUUGGCACGUACAACGUGGGCGGUGUACCAAGCCGCGAAUUCAACCUCGACUCUUGGCUCAGCAUCGGCAACUAUCCGUCGCCCGAUCUCUACGUACUCGGUAUUCAAGAGGUGGUAGAGUUGACAGCUCAGCAGAUUAUCGCCACGGGAUCACAAAUCAAGCAGUGGGAAGAGACGAUUCAAAGCUCGUUGGAACGUGUCAAUCCAAAAGUGCGAUACGUACAACUGCAGAGCAACCAAUUGGUCGGCUUGAUGAUGUGUAUCUAUGUGCGCGAGGAUAUAGUCCAGUCUUUUAGAGAGGUGCAGUCGCAGAUCAUCAAGGUCGGGCUCCAAGGUCUCGCCGGUAACAAGGGUGGCAUCGGUGUCCGACUCUUGCUCAACGACACCUCCUUUACCUUUGUCACUGCGCAUUUUGCAGCUGGACAUGGGAAUGUCGAAGACCGUAUCAGCGACUACAAAGAUAUCAACGAACAGGCGCGGUUUGGACGUCAGAGCCAGUACCGUAUCGAGUCGUCCGACUACUCGUUUUGGUUUGGUGAUUUCAACUUUAGAAUCGAUCUUGCCGACGAUGAUAUUCGUCGUAGUGUCAUCAACAACAACUAUGCCCUCCUAUACAACAACGAUCAGCUCAAAAAGAACAUGGAGCUCGGCAACGUCUUUAAAGGAUAUAAAGAGGACAACAUCCUCUUUGCACCAACCUACAAGUACGAUUUCAAGUCUAAAAACUAUGACACCUCACCCAAACAACGUGCACCUGCCUGGACCGACCGUAUUCUCUGGCGCAACCAAAAGGACCACGACCUCCGCCAACUCUACUACAACCACGCCGAAAUACUCGAGAGUGACCACAGACCCGUCAGCACCUACCUCCAACUUCAAGUACUCAAAGUCGACAAGGAAAAGGAACGUCAACUUCGUCAUCAACUCUACGAACAACAAGACAAAAUCAAUGUUGUAGAUGGUGCAAAUUUAACUAAAAGCCUAAGUGCUCUUGCUAUCAAUCAACAACAACAACAAAACAAACAACCAUUAGUUCAAUCUCAUUCAAUGCAUUCAAUUGAUACUUACAAUGGAAAUAAUAAUAAUGGAGUAGGAGUAGGUAAUCCAAUUGUUGUUUCAAGUCAUUCAUCACAACCACAAUCAAUGAUUCCACCUCAAGUACCACAACGAAGAGGUAGUCGACCAUUACCACUUGUUCCAAUCGAUCAAAUUGUUGCACCAAAUACAAAUACUAAUAAUCAACAACAAAGAGUUAAUAGUUUAUCUCCAUCAAAGAAUUUGAUAGAUGUUGAUUUUGGAAGUAAUCAUUCUUCGACAACUCCAAACUCUAAUCAUUCAAGAGCUUCAUCACCAUCUUAUUUUGGUGGAGGAGGAAAUGUAUCAGGUAGUCAUACACCAUCACCCUACUCUUCUUCACCUUCUUCACAUCAAUUUAAUAAGCCUCAAAUGAUGCAACACCAACACCAAGCACCUCAACUAGUCGAUGAUUUCACAAGUGCUGACUUGUUUUCACACUUUAAUAAUAAUUUACCAUCAACUCCAUCUGGUCCUGUUAUUAAUAAUAAUAAUAACAAACCUCAUAACCCAUAUGAUAAUGUGAUCAAUGCAAAUUUAUCAUAUCCACCUCCAACUCUUGUUCAAUCAACUACAACGGUUACGACAACCACCACUUCGUCUUCGUAUGGUUCGCCAUCUACAGCAGCAGGAUUGACACCUGUGAACCCUUUUAUCGACAAUUCGCCAAUGAUUCCUAUCCAAUCAAAUGCUUUGCAAUCGAUGCCAUCCUAUCAUCAUCAAUACCCUCCUCAACAAAUGCAACAACCACCUCCUCCUCCAAUCAUUUCCAUUCAACAACCACCAAUGGUAUUACUAACUCCCACUCCAAAUCCAAUUAUUUAUCAACCUCCUCCUCAUCAACAACAAUUUAAUAUGUACCAACAACAACAUCAGCAGUAUAAUAACCUUCCUCCACCAAUUGACCCAAUUAAUAUUAAUCCAAAUUCACAAUAUCUAAUGAAUACGCAUCAACAACAACAACAACAACAACUACAACAACAACAAAGAGGACAUAUUUUAACUAUAAAUGAUGAUGGCACAUUAGAUUUAAAAUUGCCAUAUAAAGGAAUGAACCUUGCUGAUGAGUUCUUUAUAAGAAAUCAUCAUCACCGUCAUCAUCAUUAA